AAUAAAAUUUUUCGCGCUCGUUGCGCGCGCAGCUAAAAAGCGUGGUAAACGAAACUGGAGCACUUGUCAAACGAAAAGAUUGCUCCACAACAAAAAUUAUUUCCUCGAAGGAGUUAAAUGACAAAGGAAAAUAUGUCUUUUCCCGCUACAAAGGCGGACGAUACGGGUCAGGAAGGGCCAAUUAGAUGUAUUUUCUUUUCGGAAUUCCAUCCAACGGCUGGUCCGAAAAUUACUUGUCAGGUCCCAGACAAUUUUAUAUCGAAGGAUAUUUUUGAUAAUGUCAGUGUUUACAUUAUUCCAAAAGCUCAACUUCAGAGAAGUACAAUUACAGUAACGUUGAAGGACUGUAAAAUACUAGGAUUUCCCAUCAAAAUAGAUAAUAAGAAAUAUGCAAGAAAUGCGUUCUACUUUAACCUCUGUUUUGUUUGUGAUGCUGAGGCGAGAACAGUACAUUACGAGCCGGUAGUUAAGAAAAUGUCAGAUUUUUUGAUGGCACUGGAGAUAGAAAAUUGCUUUUUGUCUGGCUUGGAUGACAAAACAAGACUUUCUGAGAUGUUGAAACAAGUAAUGCAUGAUUUGAAUCUUCAUAAAAUGUGCACUUUAACAGAAGGUACAAUGACAUCGCAUUUAAAAGUUGUAAGGCUAGCUCCAGAGCCCAAGCCAGUGCUUGAUCAUCAAGUACCAAUAUUUCUAGAAGGUAGGGAAGCAUUUAGAAGCGAUCAAUGGGACUUAACUACUCAACAAGUGCUACCGUACAUUGAUGGUUUCAAUCAUGUUGCUCGUAUAGCAGCAGAAGCAGAUGUUGAGAAUAAUCUUGUGAAAAGCUGUGUACAAAAUCUUGUUUACUAUGGUGUAGUCACACUCAUUCCAAUAUUUCAGUACGGUAAUGUAUACGCGACUACGCCGAAGCUGAGAGAGCUCGCUGAAAAAAAAGAAUUGCAAAUGCGAUGCAUAGAGUACACUUCGAAAACGCCCAGACAGCCAGCGUACUUGCGAGACAUUUACCGCAUGUACGCCUCUAUGACACACGGAAGUAGCAUGAGAGAUCUGUGUCAACGACUGAAUCCACAAAAUUUGAGGAUAAACGAAAGGAGGCUCGUACAAUUUGGACUCAUUGAAGGACUUAUACGUCGUGUAUACAAGUAUCCAAUUCUAUUGCCGGGUAGUACGAGCGAGGAAGGCCGUAAUAAUCCAGUUUACAAGCAUUUCACAGGCACGAAUAACUUGGAUGAGAUCUGCUGCAGUACAGGCCAGACAACUGCGCAAAUCGAGGAAAUUGUCGAGCGCGAUCCCAGUGUAGUGAUGUUGUGGAAGUAAUCGUAGUGGCUUCAGCUGGACGCGGGACCACGAGCUGGAGCUCCGAACGCGGCUGCCGGCACUCGGUGUCUCUGGCACAUUCAGGCGCAGCGCGACGCAGCGGGCUUGUCGACUGUCAGCGUCGCACGUUUGUUCGAUACGAAUCGGGCAACGU